GACAAUGACAGCAGCAGAUGUGAAACGUAAAAUUCGAGGCUUGUCGUCAAGAAAUUCCGGCAUAUAGGAAACAAACAAUGUAAACAGAUUUUUAGGUACUAGAAAUGAUAAGGCAAUCCCUAAAAUAUAGAAAAACCAUCACUGUAAUCGGUUUUCUGUGUCUACUGCUGCUGGUAUACUUACUUUUAAUUCUUAAAAGGGAUAUUAAUGAUAAAGUCACAAGUCACCAAAGACUUAGUAAAAAGGAAGAACGUAUAUUUGAAUCUGAACCAAAGAGAGAGAAGCAUGUUAAAUUAGCAAAAAUGGAAUUGGACAAAAAUAUACAUAGUACAAUAAAGGAGCUACAGGAUGCUAAAGCUCGUAUUGAACAUUUAGAAAAGAAAAUAGCUAUACUAGAAGGAAGGAUUCCUGAAAAGUAUCCUGAUGUUAAAUAUUUAGGAUAUAAGGAAAGAAAAAGAAUUUUGGUGACAGGUGGUGCAGGUUUUGUUGGUUCUCACCUGGUUGAUGUGCUAAUGACACAAGGCCACGAAGUUAUUGUUGUAGAUAAUUUCUUUACUGGUCGCAAAAGGAAUGUUGAGCAUUGGUUUGGACAUCGGAAUUUUGAAAUGAUUCAUCAUGAUAUUGUUAAUCCCCUGUAUAUUGAGGCAGAUGAAAUAUAUCACUUGGCUAGUCCUGCAAGUCCUCCCCACUAUAUGCAAAAUCCUGUUAAAACAAUUAAGACAAACACCGUGGGAACUAUUAAUAUGUUAGGUUUGGCAAGACGCGUUGGUGCUAAAAUUUUGAUAGCAAGCACUUCAGAAGUUUAUGGUGACCCGAUGGUGCAUCCACAACCAGAAUCUUACUGGGGACAUGUAAAUCCAAUAGGACCGCGAGCGUGCUAUGAUGAAGGAAAGAGGGUGGCAGAAACAUUAGCUUAUUCUUAUGCUAAACAAGAAAAUGUGUCGGUGAGAGUAGCAAGAAUCUUCAAUACGUAUGGACCGAGAAUGCAUGUGUCCGAUGGCAGAGUGGUGUCAAACUUUAUUAUGCAAGCAUUGCAAAAUUUAACGAUCACUGUGUAUGGUAAUGGGAAGCAGACUCGUUCGUUCUGCUAUGUAUCAGAUCUGGUAGAUGGGCUAUUAUCUUUGAUGGCAUCUAGUUAUACUUUACCGGUGAACCUCGGAAAUCCGGUAGAACAUACAAUAGAAGAAUUCGCUAUGAUAAUAAAGAAUCUAGUCCCGGGUUGCCGCAGUACUGUGGCGACUGGCGCGGCCGUGGAGGACGAUCCGCAACGGCGGCGACCCGACAUCGCGGUGGCCGAAGCAAAUCUCAGAUGGUCGCCGAAGGUAACUCUAAAAGACGGACUUCAGAGAACAAUUGACUAUUUUAGGGAAGAAUUAUCCAGGACGACAUUUUACAAUAAUCAGACGUACAUGGACAUUAAUGUAAAACCUCACAAUUAGAAUAAAAUUACUAUUCCUGUAAUAAAUGUGAUACUAGACUGGCGCCAAAAGGUCUUAGGAGUGUUUUGUAUAAUCUUAUAAUUUUGUUUAUUUUUUAUGUUUGCAGUGAAUUUUUCAAAAUAUUUUGUAUCUCGUUUUUUAUUGAAUCGCUUUGGAUCAUCCAUAAGUGUUUAAAUGUCGAAAUUUUUAUAUUGUGUUAAAUUGUUUAUAAAUUAAAAUUUACAUUAUUUCAAUAAUGUUUUAAUUUAUAUGUGUAUCUGAAUAUAAAUAGUGACUAGAAUAAAAAAAAUUAUCUACAACAUUUACUAGGAAGUACGUUCCAAUUAUAAAUAUAAGAUUGUCUGUUUAGAAUUUCAGUCUUGCAUAAUUUCUCCCCAUGCGAAUUAACUAGUGAUUUAUACAUUUGAAACAUGUCACUGGAUGUUUGUUUGUGUCUCACUAGCAUGUUUUCACUGCAACCUCUGGAUUUCCAUUCAGAGUCAAACCUUAAGUCGUGAACUCUAUUAAUACCAUCAAGCGCAGCUGUCCAAACUCCCAUAGAAACAUCUUCAGAGUUAUAGAGGCUGAAAUAUACAAAAAAAAAAACUAUGAAUUCUCUUAAUUUUAGGGGAUUGUGAUAAAGAUAAG